AAUGGAGAAUUACGAAUUACAGCUCACAUCUGUCGAAGGCCGAUGAGUUGUGGUCUCCUAACGGUAUAAUUACGUACCGCGUCAUUACUGUGGUUCAGUCAAGGCGUCUGCUGGAGCGAUGACCAACUACAGUCAGUAACCACCGUUCCGAUACCACGACGUCGACGUCUACAUCCGCGCAUAUCGCUAUCAUCCAUCAAGUAAAGGAAUUCCACAGCCACCGCAGUAACGACCAGUGAUUUUGCUAAGAAAACGCGAUAGAAUGGCAUACUAUUACUAUUACCAAACACCACCCGAUCCACUAUCACCUGUACCAACCACAGAAGAAUUAUCAACAUCUCAGCCCUCUUUAUUAAUGCUAUCAUCUCCAUCACAACAACAGCAAAUUAAUUUACCACUUCUCACACCAAUUCUUCCAUCAGUUACAACAUCAAUGUCAAUGAUGACAACGACUACUACUACUUCCACAGAGCAUUAUGAACAGCAACAACUACCUACGCCAAAUACAUUCAUUAGGCAUUGUGAUGACAUGGGUUUAUUUCAUGAUUUACAAAACAUUGUAGUAAUGUCUUCGUUAACUGGACCAACAAAUGAUACAACUAUUAGUACAGCCCCUACGUCUACUGCUGCUACAGUAAUAACUACAGCAGCAUCAACAGGGCAACCUAAUUCUUCAAAUUUAUUUGACUCGUCGUCAACAGCAAUUGUGACAACUAUGAUGAUGGCUAAUCCAUUUGAUGAGACAUUUAAACAAGCAGUAUUGCAACAACAAAAGAAUGAAAUUAAUCUGUCAGAAAAUCUUUUCAACCAUAAUAAUAGCAAUGAUGGUGAUUUAAACACCCCAUUCAUACCAACAACCACUGCUGUUAACACUUCCAAUAACAAUACUACUGUAAAAACUUCAACGUCAUUAGAUAUGAUUUCUACAACUACAGCAGCAAUUGAAUCUAAUAAGAUGAAUGCAACUACUGUACCUCAAUCUCAAGCAGAACCUCAGCAAAAUGUGUAUAUCACAUCAACGGCAGAAGCACCAACUAGAAGUGUCUUAGUUAUGAUGGUGGAGAAUCCACAACAACAAUCACAUAACUCAACUCUCUCUAUACAACCUGAACAUCAACAACACCAACAAAUAAUCGAUCAGCAUAAGUUCAUUGUUCCAACUACUACAACUACGACUAGUGAUAUUGAUACAGAAACUAUAACAAGCCAUGAUCAAGAUUUUUAUGAAGAAGAAGUUGAUGUUGAAAAUGGUCAUGUAAUCAUUAACGUUGGUAAUGAUUCAAAUACAAUUAAACAGGCUUUAAAACAGAAUUUAUUGGUAAAGCAACUGUUACAAAGACGUCAGAAGUCUCCUCUAAUUACUGAAAACUGUGAUAAACUUGGUCAACUACUGCAACAGCAGAACAACGACAUCGGUAUUGUUACAAAUACUGAUAGAUUAGAACAUGAAAACUAUAAUAGUAAUGACCAAGAAGACGAAAACUGCAAUAGUCGAAAGCAGCAGCUAAAACAGAAACGAAAACAAGAAAUGUUAGAAAGGAACAGAUCAGCUGCAAAACGAUGUAGAAUAAAGCGAAAACAGAGGUGGGAACUACUUUCUGAAGAAAAUCGAAAGCUUAAAAUCGAAAAUAGUCGAUUGCGUGAAGCUCUUUCAAAACUUGUGAGCCAUAAAUGUAGUAAUUUACAACAACCAGAAAUCAUACAAGGAAUAUUCAAACACAAUGAUGAUAUUUAAAAUCAUAUGUUGUUGUAUUAAAAUAUUGAUGCUGAAACAAGUAAUAUUUAUUUUAUAUAAUA